AUGCUGCUCUUUGGCUUAACGCACAAUGCCCACCUGUACCUGACUCCCGACAGUAACAGUCCAGGACACCACGGCAAGACAGGCACCAUCACUUCCCAUGCUGUGGAAUCAAGAUCAGGGAGUGUCAUGUGUGUGAACUGGCGGUGUUGUGAUGUCCCCAGAUUGGCAAGGAAAAGGAUCAGCAAAGCUGCUCUCUCUCAGUUGAACUACUAUAAUCGAGCACUGUCUGGUUGGGAGCCGUUCUUAGAACCUUGGCGGUGUGGAGCAGAGUGGGACAAGACUCCAUCAAAAGAUCUUACUGGGGAGCGGUUGUCCUUGAGUGUGAAGACUGAAGAUACUGUGAAUGUGAACGUAACUAAUACCUUGCUGGAAUUGUACCACAUGGUGAAGAACAACUGGACUUUAGAUUAUUACAACAGAGACGGUUGUAUUCAUAGUGUGCUAAUUAUGUUGCAUAUUUUGCUGUUGAUGCUGGAGAUUGAGACACUUGUGUCCCAAUGA